AUGCGGCGCGGCGCGGCCUGGGCGCUGCUGCUGGCCGCGGCCCUGGCGCUCGGGGCGCGCGGGGCGCGGGGCGCCGUGGCCCUCGCCGACUUCUACCCGUUCGGCCCGGAGCGCGGCGACGCCGUCACCCCGAAGCAGGACGACGGCGGCUCGGGGCUGCGGCCGCUCUCCGUGCCCUUCCCGUUCUUCGGCGCCCGGCACGCCGGACUCUACGUAAACAACAACGGCGUCAUCUCCUUCCUGAAGGAGGUGUCUCAGUUCACCCCCGUGGCCUUCCCCAUCGCCAAGGACCGCUGCGUGGUGGCAGCUUUCUGGGCAGAUGUGGACAACAGGCAUGCUGGCGAUGUCUACUACCGGGAGGCCACGGACCCGGCCAUCCUGCGCAGAGCCACGGGGGACAUCAGACGCUACUUCCCCGAGCUCCUGGACUUCUCCGCCACCUGGGUGUUUGUUGCCACAUGGUAUCAAGUGACCUUUUUUGGAGGCAGCACCUCUUCCCCGAUCAACACGUUCCAAACCGUGCUCAUCACUGACGGCAAGUUCUCCUUCACCAUCUUCAACUACGACUCCAUCACAUGGACCACGGGCACCCACGCCAGUAGCGGGGGCGACGCCGCCGGCCUGGGGGGCAUCGCGGCCCAGGCAGGCUUCAACGCGGGCGACGGGCAGCGCUACUUCAACAUCCCCGGCUCCCGCACUGCGGACAUGGCUGACGUGGAGAGCACCACCAACGUGGGCGUGCCCGGGCGCUGGGCGUUCAGAAUCGAUGAUGCCCAGGUGCGCGUGGGGGGCUGCGCCCACACAACCUCCGUGUGCCUCACCCUGCACCCGUGCCUGAACGGUGGCCAGUGCAUCGAUGACUGCGUCACCGGCAGCCCCUCCUACACCUGCUCCUGCCGCGCCGGCUUCACGGGCCGGAGGUGCCAGCUGGACGUGAACGAGUGUACCUCCCACCCAUGUCAGAAUGGCGGGAUCUGCACCCACGGCGUCAACAGCUUCACCUGCCAGUGUCCAGAGGGCUUCAGGGGGCCCACCUGUGAGUCAGCCCAGUCCCCGUGUGACCACAAGGUAUGUCAGAAUGGCGGCCAGUGCCAGGCAGAGGGCGGCUCCGCAGCGUGUGUGUGCCAGGCUGGGUUCACAGGAGCGGCCUGUGAGACCGACCUGGAUGAGUGCAGCUCGGAUCCCUGCCUGAAUGGAGGCUCCUGUGUGGACCUGGUGGGGAACUACACCUGCGUGUGCGCAGAGCUCUUCGAGGGCCUGCGCUGCGAGACAGUGCGUCCCCCCGUGCUCGCGGCCUGCCUCUCCGCCCCUUGUCAGAAUGGGGGCACCUGCGUGGACGCGGACCAGGGCUACGUGUGCGAGUGUCCCGAAGGCUUCAUGGGCCUGGACUGCGCGGAGCGAACCCCGCACGACUGCCAGUGCCGGAAUGGCGGCCGGUGCCUGGGCGCCAACGUCACCCUCUGCCAGUGCCCCCCGGGGUUCUUUGGGCUCCUGUGUGAAUUUGAGGUCACAGCGCUGCCCUGCAACUUGAACACCCAGUGCCCGGAUGGAGGCUACUGCAUGGAGUAUGGAGGGAGCUACCUGUGCGUCUGCCACACUGACCACAACGCCAGCCACUCCCUGCCCUCCUCACCCUGCGACUCGGACCCCUGCUUCAAUGGAGGCUCCUGCAUGGCCCACCAGGACUCCUACACCUGCGAGUGCCGGCGCGGGUUCCAGGGCCGGCACUGCGAGAAAGCCCGGCCCCACCUGUGCAGCUCGGGGCCUUGCCGGAACGGGGGCACAUGCAAGGAAGUGGGCAGCGAGUACCACUGCACCUGCCCGUACCGCUUCACCGGGAGGCACUGUGAGAUCGGAAAGCCUGACUCCUGUGCCUCUGGCCCCUGCCACAACGGUGGCACUUGCUUCCACUACAUCGGCAAGUACAAGUGCGACUGCCCCCCGGGCUUCUCUGGAAGGCACUGUGAGAUUGCCCCCUCCCUCUGCUUCCGGAGCCCAUGCAUGAAUGGGGGAACCUGUGAGGAUCUGGGCGUGGAUUUCUCUUGCCACUGUCCACCAGGGUUCACAGGACACAGAUGCCAGGCAGAGGUGGACUGCGGCCGCCCCGAGGAGGUGAAGCAUGCCACAGUGCGCUUCAAUGGAACGGGCGUGGGCUCCGUGGCCCUGUAUGCCUGUGACCACGGCUACAGCCUGAAUGUCCCUGGCCACCACAGCCGUGUCUGCCAGCCCCAGGGCGUCUGGAGCCAGCCUCCCCAGUGCCUCGAAGCAGAUGAGUGCCGUUCCCAGCCGUGCCUGCAUGGGAGCUCCUGCCAGGACCAUGCUGCAGGGUACCUGUGCCUCUGCAGCCCAGGGUAUGAGGGUGUCCACUGUGAGCUGGAGACGGAUGAGUGUAGCUCACAGCCUUGCAGACAUGGAGGCGUGUGCAGAGACCUCCCUGGGUCCUUCUCCUGCGCCUGCCCCGAGGGCUUUUCUGGAGUGCUCUGUGAGACAGUGGUGGACUCCUGCCACUCCAGCCCCUGCCAGCACGGAGGCCAGUGCCAGUACGGCGGCGGGACCUACCUGUGUGUGUGUCCAGAGGGCUUCUUUGGCUACCACUGUGAGACAGCGAGUGACCCCUGCUUCUCCAGCCCCUGUGGGGGCCAUGGCUACUGCCUGGCCAGCAAUGGCUCCCACAGCUGCACCUGCAAAGUGGGCUACACAGGCAAAGACUGCACUAAAGAGCUCCUCCCACCCACAGCCCUCAGGGUGGAGAGGGUGGAGGAGGGCGGCAUCUCCGUGUCCUGGAGCCCACCGGAGGGCUCGGCGGCCAGGCAGGUGCUGGACGGCUACGCGGUCACCUACACCUCGGCAGAUGGCUCCUUCCGCCGCACGGACUUCGUGGGCCGCGGCCGCUCCUCACACCAGCUGCGGGCCCUGGGGGCUGGCCGCGCUUACAACAUCUCCAUCUUCUCCGUCAAGCGGCACGCCAACAACAAGAAUGACAUCAGCCGGCCCGCAGCUUUGCUGGCCCGCACACGACCCCGCCCUCUUGAGGACCUGGAGGUGACCAACGUGACAGCCAGUGCCAUCUCCGUUCGAUGGGCCCUGCACAGGGUCCACCACGCCACCGUCAGCGGGGUCCGAGUGUCCAUCCUCCACCCAGAGGCCCCCCAGGGCCGGGCCACUGAGGUGGACAGGAGCGUGGACCAGCUCACCUUCAGGGACCUGCUGCCUGGAAGGAGGUACACCUUGCGGACCACCACCCUCAGUGGGCCUACAGGGGCAGAGAGGCCCACGGAGAGCCUGGCGUCAGGACCACUGCACGUGUGGACCCGGCCCCUGCCACCGGCGAACCUGACGGCCUCCCGCGUCAUGGCCACCUCUGCCCAUGUGGUCUGGGACCCCCCUGCUCCAGGCACCUCUCUGGAGGCUUAUGUCAUCAACGUGACCACCAGCCAGAGCACCAAGAGCCGCUAUGUCCCCAACGGGAAGCUGGCAUCCUACACAGUGCGCGACCUGCUGCCUGGGCGGCGGUACCAGCUCUCCGUGACGGCCGUGCAGGGCACGGAGCAGGGCCAGCUGCACAGCGAGCCCGCACACCUCUACAUCAUCACCUCCCCCAGGGAUGGUGCUGACAGACGCUGGCACCAGGGCGGACACCACCCGCGGGUGCUCAGAAACAGACCGCCCCCUGCUCGCCUGCCCGAGCUGCGCCUGCUCAGUGACCACAGCGCCCCGGGGACGCCCACUCGGCCACCCAGGUUCUCUGAGCUGGUGGAUGGAAGAAGAAGAGUGAGCGCUAGGUUCGGCGGCUCUCCCCACAGAGCCGUCACCGUGGGAUCACAACCCACCACACUGGUGCCACUCGGGAACACGGAGGAGACCGCUGAGCAGGCCCACCUGGCCCUCCGGCCCCCUGGACGUGGUGACACGGAGGAGACCGCUGAGCAGGCCCACCUGGCCCUCCGGCCCCCUGGACGUGGUGACAUGGAGGAGACCUCUGAGCAGGCCCACCUGGCCCUCCGGCCCCCUGGACGUGGUGACAUGGAGGAGACCGCUGAGCAGGCCCACCUGGCCCUCCGGCCCCCUGGACAUGGUGACACGGAGGAGACCGCUGAGCAGGCCCACCUGGCCCUCCGGCCCCCUGGACAUGGUGACAAGGAUGUGGACAGGAAGUCAGAAAGUGCCCCUGGAGGCUGUUCAGAAGAUGCCUGUCAGAAUGGAGGCACCUGUGUGCCGGGUGCCCCUGCCCACAGCUGUGACUGUGGCCCUGGCUUCAAAGGCAGGCGCUGCGAGCUCGCUUGUGAGAAGGUGCCCCGUCCCUGCACACGGCUGUUCUCGGAGACCAAGUCCUUUCCUGUCUGGGAAGGAGGUGUCUGCCACCAUGUGUAUAAGCGAGUCUACAAAGUUCACCAGGACAUCUGCUUCAAAGAGCGCUGUGAAGGCCCCAGCCUUGAGAAGCCCCACACAGGAAACAAAGCAGCAGUCAAACACUGAAGAAAUCUUAAGCCUGAAAACCAUGACCUGACCCACACGCCCUGGGCCUGGACAGCUGGGGCUCUGCUCCUGCGGGCCUUUUCUCCCAUGGCUGAAGACAGGAAAGAGAAAUGUCACCCAAAGGCCAAGAACAACCAGAAGCAAAGGAGUUCUAGGCAUGGCUCCUACCGGAGCUGUAGAUAACUAACAAGGCCAAGGGCUUUGGGGCAAGCUCUCAGGGUGCCCUGGAGAGAGGCGCGUGCUCCUGGCCCACCUCCUAGAGAAACUGCAGGAGGAGAGCUGACAGCAGCCGGUUCCUGAGCCCUAACAGCUCUGCCUCCUCUCUGGCCUCAGCCUCUAAGAACACUCACGCAAAGGCCUGGGAACAACUCAAUCCUGGUAAGGACCAAGAACCCACGGUUACUUGGGUUUGAAAUAUUGAUGUAGGAGUAAGUUACUUGAAAAACUCACCUUUUCAGAACUCACCCAGCAAAUCCACUCCUAUAGAAACAAAUGAGAAGAAACAGCUAAUCAUUAAAUACAAGCUUACCAAACACCUGUUCUCAAAGCAAUGAGGAGAACACAAGGCAAGACUAAAUCACCCAUUCAGAUACCACCAAGCACACAAGAGCUCCUCACUCCAGAGCCGCUGGGAGGAGGCAGUGUCCUCACACCCUCCAGCGGGCGGCCAGCGGCUGCAGCCGCCUCUGCACUCAAACUUAAAGUCCCAGUGCUGAGCCCAAGUUCUGUUCAGGGGAGCAUGCAGGCCUCCACCGCUCUGAGCCAAGUGUCCCUGCGGAUAGCGGGCCGAUGCAUUUCUACAACGCACGUUCCCUUCACUCUCUGCCCGGCCCCACGUGGGCCCCACAGGAAUUCUGUCCUCUGGAGAAAGGCAGCUGCUGCAGAGGACAUGCCUGUCAUUCUCACACUCCCCUCUUCCCCCAAAGGAUCUGGAAUGUGCUUAUUAUUCUCCACCACCUCAAGAGUUUCCAAAACCCGGGAAGAUAAGAGCUAAGAAUUGGAUUGAAAAGGACAUCAAGAUCAAGGUCCACACCACAGAUGGCCUGGCCUGCAUACAUACCAGCCCACCAAGGGACUCUCCAGGACCUGUGCACCCACCAGCUCCCCCGUGUCCCCCCUCCUCCCCGGGAUCCCUCCAAGACCUGUACUACCAGCCCCCAGGGACUCCUCUAAGACCAAUCAGGGCAAGUACAGUAGUGCCUGCUAUCAAUCCCAGGAUUCCAGAGACAUACCUAGUGCCUUUGUGAAUGGUGACAGCUUCCCUGCCCUAGAUAGUAAUACUUCCACAGUGCUCAGAAACCCAUCCUCACAUUCCCACAUCAGAGAGAAAGUGGCUGGGCCCAAACACAAGGAGAAAAGACCUGUCAGCUCCCAAACAGACGAGAAGAGGCACAAGGUGUGGGAUGAGUGAGUCCUGGCCCACUCCCUCCACGCCUCCAUGCUGUUCAUGCAUUUUCCAGAAGGAAACACACUUACUACUAUACUGGAUCUGAGCACUGCAUCUCCAGAAGGGGCGCAGACUUCUUUGUAAAGGCUCAGGCAACAUGCGCUCUUGGCCUGGCCUCUUUGGCAGCCUUCCCACCACAGGUGUGAAACUGCAUAAAGCUUUAUAGACUCAAAUAGAUAGCAAGAAAAUCCUUGGUCUGUGUGAUUCCUGGGCUGAGGAAGCUAGCCCUUGGAUGACAAGUCACCCCAAGGCCCCAAAGACCCCUGGACUUCCACAGACAACAGCUCUUGGACCUUUACCCAGAAGGCACCACCAGUAAGCCUAUAAUCCUAUAGGAGUCUGACCUCAGCCUGUGCAGACACAUCCUCAAGAUUCCAUCUCCAAUGAACCAGCAAAGUGCCAGAAUGGAGGUGUGGCUCAAGUGGUGGCGUGCCAGCCAUGAA